AUGGGAACCCUCGCACCUCCCGCUACGGCGCUGGAGAUCGACAACAGCGUGGUCAACAGGGAUGACUUCAGCACGCCCCUCGCCGUGCCGCAAAACCCCUCAUCGUGGCUGCCGCCGCCAGUGCCAAAGACACCGGCAAAGCAGCGCAGAACUGUGCACCACUCUCGAAACGAGAUGCGGGGAGCGCCACUCAACAACUGUCAACGUGGUCCACGGAAUGCUGUGCAAGAUAUCCGCAAGGGUCUUGCUUCGAGGAAGCGGACAUCCUCCGACCUGUCGCAGUUCAGCGCAUUACAGUUGGACGAGACGGAAAUUUCCAUGCCUAUCAUCUCACAGGAUGAUGCAGCCGAAGUAACACGCCGUUGCGGAGGUCGUCCUGCGGCGCCGCCAGACUUUUUCUCCGCCGCUGUGCUCUUUCCAUCCCAAACGGUUUCCUCUCAGGGGGAUUGGCUGCCACGACGCGGGCAGAGUGCCUCCUUUAUCCGUGCCUCGCCAGAGGGGCCGGAUCAGUCGCAGGCAGACACUGAAUGCUCCAAUUUCUUUACGCGACGCAUUUUAACCGACUACCGGGAAAUUAAGGAUCUGGGCUCUGGCUCCUUUGGCAAGGUCACACUUUACGAGGAAACUCGUACAGGGGCCCUUGUGGCGGUGAAAAUGUUGCCGCCUUUGACUCAUGCUGAGCAGCGACAACGUUUUUUGCAGGAAAAGGAAAUCCUGACCCUUGCUCGAGGGUUUCCACACGUUGUGCGACUUUUGGAGGCCUGGGAAGAGGGAUCUAUUCCGCAGAUGUACCUCCAGAUGGAGUACUGUAAGGGCGGCUCCGUGGCUAAUAUGGCGGAUCUGCGGCGCAAACGCGGGGAGCGGUGGGAUGAACGGGAAUUGUUCAUAUUUCUUGGGCACAUGGCCCUUGCGCUGGAUGCGUUGCACAGUGCCAAUAUUGUGCACAUGGACUUUAAACCAGAUAAUGUGUUAAUAGACGGAGAUGGGAAUUACAAACUUAGCGACUUUGGUUGCAGUGUCGCUCUCAACGACAAGGGUCGUCCAAGGCGGUGCUGUACUUCACGAAACCAAAGGACUAGCAAUAUGUCGCCAAUGGUGAAUGGCAGCGCCAUGAUGGACCUCACUGGGCUGAGUAUGCCGACUCAACUUAGCACCAUGAGUGUGGAGGAGGGGGACUGUCGCUAUGUGUGCGCGGACAUGCUUAACCAAAAGCAGCAUCCCAAGGCAGGGGAUAUUUUUUCCUUUGGUAUUUCACUCUUUGAGCUUAUGUCAGGGGAGGCGCUGCCGCAGCACGGGACACCCUUUUUGGACUUGCGCAGUGAACUGCCGGUGGCGCUUCUCGAGUCCCGCGGCUACUCAAGGCCUCUGAUUGACCUUGUGGGCCUACUUAUGCAUAACGAUCCAACAGCACGCCCUACCGCGCGUGAUGUUCUGCGUUUUUUUCAUCUCCCACCGCGCGUUCCGGAGUUGGUUGCAAAGUGGUCCGCCGCGGAGGAGACUUGCGAGAGCGAGGAUCCAUCUAUACUACUGGAGAUGCGCUUUGUGCACGCCGCACUUGAGGUCUCUUCGCGGCUGGUGGAUGCGGCACGCCGGGCCCUUGAAGUGGCAUCCCCCAACAACAACAGUGGUGGUGGAAAUUGUGCCACUGACGGAGAUGCUGUCUGGCGGCGACCGCGGCUCGAGAUUGAGGAGUCGUGCACGCCUAAGACGCCAGUGAUCAUCCGCAGGCUGGGCUGUACCUGA